AUGGAAUCUUUUCCACGUAAGCUGGUUGUACAAAGCUUGUUUGUUCAUAUAGGCAGUGUGAUUUGGGGAUCUUUUGUUUGCUCCGCAAGGCUUUCUGCAAUUGCUGCCGAAAUGGGGCAACUGCAAAAUGAGAUUGAAGAGCGCCGUAGAGUGCUAAACCUCUUUUUUAGGAGUGUGAGAACACUGGAUCCCACCUGGAAAGAAGCGCGCAUUCGCGCUGCCAGAGAGCGUAUCGAGGAUUUGGAGGGGAGGCAGCAAGCGCUGCGGGCGGAGCAGCAAGCACUCAUAGUGCAGGCUGUCACCCACGGGCACCGGGGAGACUAG